GGGCGGGGACAGAAGGUUGGUUUUUGGAAGUGAAACUGUAAGUCAACACGAGUAAUUGUCUGUGUCAAUCAGAGGUAGCUACAAAUAUAUCGCCGACAGUAUGGCCGCACUGCGCAAUAAAUCUGACCAAGAAAUCAAGGAUCUGCUGGAUGAGUAUGGCAUUAAGCAUGGGCCUGUCGUUGACACUACAAGACCACUGUAUGAGAAGAAGCUGAAAGAAGCCAUGGCCAAAGCCAAUGUCAAGGUGACAAAACCAUCCCCAGACAGAACCUUCUACAGAGAGGACCAGGAAGAAGUCACCUAUGUCACCUACCAGACACCAGUUAGAAGUGAGGGUCCUUCUGGAGAUGGGAAACCCUACAUGAGGUCAAGACCAGAGUACAGCGAGAGGGACCGGGUGGAUGAUAAACCCUAUUCAAGACCAGAGUACAGUGAGAGGGACCGGGUGGAUGAUAAACCCUAUUCAAGAUCAAGACCAGAGUACAGCGAGAGGGACUGGGUGGAUGAUAAACUCUAUUCGAGAUCAAGACCAGAAUACAGCAGCGGAAGACCGUACAUUGAUGAGCCCCAUGUCUACAACACGCCGUCGUCAUCCUACUCCAAACCAACGCCUGUGGUGAAGUCUGGAGGUGGCGUUGUGAAGAAGGAAAACACAACUAGUUCUGGGAGACUGAUCCCUCUCUGGGUCCAGUUCCUGGUUUUCCUGAUGCUAGCCGGGUUCCUCUACUUCAUCUUCACUAACAUGGAGUCUGCAGAGAGUAGCCCCUUUAACAGAAUCCAAUGAUCAAAAAUGUACAAAUAAAUGUCAAUCUGGGAUAUGUUCUUUAGGCACGAAACGGUCCAAAAUGGCGAAGUACUAUUUGUUCUUGAGCUAUAAGAAUCGCUCGUUUUCUGAUGGACAAUGUUUUUUUUUAAAUGUUUCAUUUCGUGUGUCCUAAUGAAUAUGACUCAGUUUUCAUAUUUUACAAAUAUAUAAAGGCACUUCCCAUGCCUGUUUUUCUUUUAACUCUUUUUGCAUGUUUUUUAAGGUGACUUUGGGUUCUGGGAACUUUACUAUUGGUGAAAGGAAAGCUGUAACAUUUCCUCCUGUCUCAACUCCUUUGUAAUGACUAGAUGGUGAUGUAUAGUGUUCUGUUUAUCAGAAUUGCCUUGGGGUGCUUCUACUGUGGGUAACAGUACUAUCUUCAUCUUCACAAAUGUAGAGAGCCCGCGGCCCACAGUAAAUGUAGAGAGCCCGCGGCCCACAGUAAAUGUAGAGAGCCCGCGGCCCACAGUAAAUGGAGAGAGCCCGCGGCCCACAGUAAAUGGAGAGAGCCCGCGGCCCACAGUAAAUGGAGAGAGCUCGCGGCCCACAGUAAAUGUAUACGAUACGGUCUAUUUGGUAUGAUUUAGUAAUGGCUAUUUGUGUAAAGGUCCUGACAAAAUGAGACAUCUAGUUGCUUAGUCAGCCAGACGUAGUAUCCUCACAUUCUCUCUGCAUUCUUGGGGAUAUACUGUACUACAAAGCAGUACUGUAGCUUGAAAUGGGUACGGGGUCUAAUUGACUCAACAACCAAAAACACAUCUAAGUUUAACUGGAAAAUCUCUAGUUAUUUCUGGAAGUUAGCUGGCAAACUCAUGGAUCCUGCAUUGUAGUAUACCCCUCAGGAGAACCCCGGCCCACCUGGCGCUAAAGUUCUAAAUGACAUUACAACACUCUCAAUGACAUUACAAAACUCUAAAUGACGUUACAAAACUCUAAAUGGCGUUUUAAAGUUCUAAAUAACGUUACAAAAUUCUAAAUGACGUUUUAAAGUUCUAAAUGACUAUACAAAAUUCUAAAUGACAUUAAAGUUGUAAACAGAUCCAUAGCCCCCCCCCCCCCCCCCCAUUUAAUUGUGGGGGACAAUACAGUUCUAAAUGAAGUACCGUAGCAUUUUGAACUGUUGAUGAUUUCUGUCCAUACAUUUAUAGAACUGUAAUUGCUGUGGUCGGUGUAUCGUCAUUUUAAAUGUAAUGUGAGUUGUGGUUUUGUUAGAUGUACUCAUGCUACUGCUUCUUUUUAGUUUUCUACACCAGUAUCAUUUUGUAACAAAGUAACUUUUUAAAGUUUUCAGACACUUGUCUGUUUUAUCAGAGGAGAUCACUUUGGUCACACAAUAAUGUUUAUAAGCACAGGCUGUGUCCUAUAUAAGCAAUAGGAUGCCAUUUUGGACAGACCCAGUUUACAAAUGAAAAUAACUUCAGCAGGACAGCAACUGUUCAGAUAUACUAUUUUGUAUCCAGCCAUUGAGUCAUUCAUAGGAUUCUCCAACUUUAAAAAUAAAUGUUUUUAUAUCAA